AUGUCGGAGUUGCUCAAUAGGUAUAAGGAGUCUAGAAGAGACACUGUGACUGAUGAUUAUUUUGUUACGCGAAAUAAUGCUUCGCUCUACCCGCGUUUAUCACGUUUGAAAAAAAAUGAUGAACUAUUACACAAUCAUCGAAACUCAUUUGAACUCAAGCUGACGAGAACGUCGCCGAGUCGUGGCGGUAUUGGCAGUGGCGACGUAAGGAAUCAUAGAGGAGGAGGUAUAGGCGGUGGCGACGUAAGGAAUUAUAGAGGAGGAGGUAUAGGUGGUGGUGGUGGUGAUACUAGUUUUGCAUCUCGAAUGAGCAGAUAUGAAGAACUCAACAAUAAAGACUUCUCCAGCAAGUAUACAGAUAAAAACACCGCAAGCUUGCAUCUACUGGGACUGAAAGAAUCAAGAAGAUCCAGAAUGUAUGACGACUCGCCCAUAAAGACGUUAAAUGAGUCACUUCGAAAAACUCGACCAAGUAACGUAUCAUUGAAUAGGAUUCUUGGAUCCUCUGAUCUGUUAAUUAACGGUCGUUAUAAAGUUUCAAAACCAACAAACUCGAAACACACAAAUAAAAAAAAUGGGUUCAUAUCCAGGAUUUUCAACUACCUAACAGCUAAUGAUGAUGAUGAUGAUGAAAACGAUGAUGAUGAUGAUGAUGAUAAUGAGUAUGAGUAUGUUGCUGAUGUCGCUGGUGAAUACGGAGAAGAGGAGAAACAGAACAAAGGAGAAGCAAAAAGGGGGUUUGCAGAGAGGGGAGUGAAGUUCAGAGAUGGGAAAAGGCUGUAUAAUAAAGAAUACGAUGAAGUCGACGAGGCCAUAGCACUUAGAAAAGAAACCGAACGACAAUCGACAAUUGCUCAGCUAAGAGAAGUACAAAAGGAACACCGCAAACUCUCAGCACAAUUGAUAAAUGAACAACGAGAAAAUAAACGGUUGGUGAGGGAACGUGAAAGAAUUGAAGAACAACUUAGUUUGAGAACUAAUCACUAUGAAAAAAGAAUCAAUAUGUUGGAGAAUGAGUUGUUUGAGAAAAACGUUGAGUUGGAUAAACUGGUUUCUCAGGGAGAAGUUCAACGCAAAGCGGAUAUUAACAGGUUGGAAAGGGAACAUGAAGAAACCAUAUUGAGUUUGCAAAAGGAACACCAGAAGGAGCUCCAUCGAUUAGAUGAGGCGCACCAGGAAACUGUUAGAAUUCUCCAACAAGAAAAUACCGAGCUUGAAGAAAAGAACCGUGAAUUGGACGAAAAGCUUUUCAAUACCAACUUUGAAUUGCAGCAAGUGAAAAAGGAACUCGCGACACAAACUCAGAGAAGUAAUGCAAUUCAAGUAGAGGUAUCACUACGAGAUAGAUUGAGGCAAGCAAGAUUGACGGAAUCGGAAAUAAAUCAUUAUUAUGCGAAAUCGAGUCGAAUUGAGCACGAGAUUGCAAAGCUAGCAGAUAAGGUGCAUACUACUCCCAAAGGAAAGGACUAUGCAAAGACUGCGUCACAUAUUGAAGAGACCCUAGCGUCAUUGGAAAAUAUAGUGGAGACACUUGACUUUGAAGAACUCGAGAAUAUUGAGACUUAUUACAAUAGUGCUCAAGAAUUUUUGACUACAAGUGUAUCCGAGUGUGAAUCUUUGAUUCAAGGGUUGUCAACUAAUAAUAAUAACAACACCAAUCCCAAGAAAAACUAUUUUCGUUUGUUAAAUGAAUAUUACAGUUUGAAAAGAUUGAAUGAGUUGCUGUUCAAAUUACUUUAUGUUAAAGAACUUUUACAAGAGUGCAAAAUCUUGAAAGAAUUUAGCGAUACUGACAUUGACAUUAGAGAGAUAUAUAAGCGAGUAAAAGUAGAGUCAUUUUAA